AUGAAGAACCAGGUGACGGAGCUGGGAGCGUACCGCAUGCUCGUGGAGCAAGCGCACGACCUCAUCUCGGCCCACACGACGGACGACCGCACUGUGUUCCUGUACGCUUCGAACGCCUUCCAGCGGGUCCUGGGAAUCAGCACCGAGGACCUCCUUGGGGUUCAACUCAUCCACCUCGUCCAUCCCGACGACGCUGGGAGGGUAACCGAGGCGCUUCCUCCCGCCCUCCUGUGCAACCAGGUUACCCAGGUUGUGGUGUACCGCUUGAGGCACCAGCAGCAAGAGUUCACGGUGGAGAGUUCUUUCCGAGUGGUCCCGACGAAGCUCGUGGCGAUCACGAGGGUCGGCGGGCCCGGCGUGGCUAUCCUUCCUUGA